AUGAUAAAUAUCCGAGGAUUCGGUGAGUACAAACUGCCGCCUGGCACCCGAAAACAUUCUAUUAGUUUUAUCAUCACGAUGUACUUCAAAAGUUCAGUUUUUUUGUUAACAUUUGCAUUCUUGGCGACACAAAUUGAAUGUCAAGCCGACUAUCACGUGGAACUAAGCUUGCGAUACAAUCCUAUGCACAACAAUUGGGAUAUUUAUGAUAUCAUACCGCAGCUAGAUAAUGGAGCUGAAAUAUCAUGUUGGGAAUCAAACGGAGAAUUAGUGUUAGAAAAUAACUCACCUUCUUCAGACGAAUUAUCAAAGCAAGGGACGUUUAAGAAAGUAGAUCUGACUCCACUGAAAAAUUUGCAUCCCAUGGAAGGCCUAUGGUACAAAUUCGGACGCUGUAUUCCCGAAAUUAACCAACUAAAUUAUCGUUCAAAAUAUUUAGAGGAGGCAAUUAGGUUGUUCGAAAAAUAUAACGUGGAAGAUAUUUUAAGACAAAGCAACAUUACUUCAGGAAAAAAUUAUACUUAUCAAGAAAUUUCUGAAGUUGUUUCCAAGGGAAUAGACGGAAAAAAACCUAUUGUCAAAUGUUUGUUAGAUAAAAAUAACCAUCUGUUAUUGGACAGAAUAACAAUAUUUUUUGACAAAUCAUUGAAUUUAAUUAAUCCAACAAGGCGUCAUUAUCUUGGAAAGUGUCCAAAUUAUCUACUAAUUGUCUAUCAAAAUUCAACAAACGACCCUAAUUUUUACGACAAGGUCAAGCUUUACGACGAUCCUUUGAAUAAAUAUCCGACGAUUCGGGAAGAUGAUAAUGGCUAUUACAGUCUAACUCAAGAAGUUAACCCAGCUGAGUGUUAUCCUCCACUCGGUCUAGAAACAUGUCGUGAUCCUAAAUAUUCGUGGAUGGUUCAUUCACUUAGCUUCGCUUUCAAAAGUAACGUAAACUUUACAUGUGAGCUGAGUGGAAUUGACCCUUGUGAUCCUGAAGGACAAUUCAACUUAAAGUCUUUGUCUUCUAUAAGAUAUGAAAUACUCGAAAAGUACGGAGUCAGUAAAAUUCCACAGAAUUUGAGUGAAGAAGAAGUGCAUUGUCGAAACUGGAGGAACCAAGAUAUAUGUGAACUUCACUUAAAAGGAAUUAACAGCGAGUUAAAGUAUUACAGAAAAACGAUCGAGUUGUUUGAUAAAUACAACAUGGAUAAAAUAUUACGGCGGUCUAAUAUUACUCCUGGGAAAAAUUACACUUAUCAAGAAUUAUACGAUGCCGCUUCGAAGGGUAUUAAUGGCAAGCAACUGAUAUUUACAUGCCGUCCAUCAUUAACUAAGGAACCAGGCAAACAAAUUUUGUUUGGAAUUGCAUUUUUUAUGGAUAAAAAUUUCAAGCCUACUGAUCCAACUGAAAUUGAAAUUCUUUCUGGAGGAAAUUCUACCUGUAGUCAUAAUGGACUGAUUUCUUAUCAGGGAUUUAAGGAAUAUGUGGAGGAAUUAUCGCAAUAUUUAUCGAUGAAUGACGGAUUUAACUGA